AAGUACAGUAACGAAGUACUUGUACUUCGUUACUUCCCACCACUGCUGAUUAGUUUAAAACAAGUAUUUGUGAAGCUGCUUUGACCGACAAACAGACAUUUCAGGGCCGGAAACCAUCAGACGUGCUUCGCUCAACGCGAUUACGUCAUUGCGCGCCUCUUCGAAGCGUGCUACGUCAUCGGUCAGGGACGCAGAGGGGGAGUUGGUUCGUUCAGUUUGUCGGUGAAAACAUAGCAGAGGAAGUUAAUGAAGAACCAAGCAGAGCGUUUUCCUCUCCAGGCCACCAUGAGUCAGCGGACGGAGCGGCGGGGCAUCCACGUCGACCAGUCGGACCUGCUGUGCAAGAAAGGAUGCGGUUACUAUGGCAACGCCGCAUGGCAGGGCCUGUGCUCCAAGUGCUGGCGGGAGGAGUACCAGCGGGUCCGGCAGAAGCAGAUCCAGGACGACUGGGCCUUGGCGGAAAAGUUGCAGAGAGAGGAGGAGGAGGCGGCGUACGCCAGCAGCCACGCGGCGCGCGGCCCGGCCGCCGCAGGCCACGCCGCCGCAGGCCACGCCGCGCUCGCCCCGUUCUCAAAGUUUGAGGAGAAGAAAACCAACGAGAAAACGCGCAAAGUGACAACGGUGAAGAAGUUCUUCAGCCCUUCGUCUCGAACCGCCGCUAAGAAAGAGCCUCCGGAGGGAAAGUCAGCGUCUCCGUCCGUCAGCCGCCGCGCCAGCUUCGACGCCGACCAGGUGUCCAAAGACUUCGUGGAGUUUUUGAAGAACCUUCACAAACCCGGCAGAGAGAUCCACAAGCAGUGCCGGGCCUUCCUGGUCAGCAUGUCCAGCAAGAAGGACCUGGGAGCAGAUGAGCUGUCGGAGUGCGUUCAGGAUUUCUACCAGAGUUUGGCCGAUCGCCUCAUGAGCCACUUUAAAGGGUCGUCAGAGUCGGUGGAUCAGGUGAUGGACCAGGUGGAGAAAUACAUCAUGACCCGCCUGUACAAGAGCGUCUUCUGCCCAGAAACCACGGACGACGAGAAGAAGGACCUGGCAACCCAAGACCGGAUCAGGGCGCUGCACUGGGUCACCGUCCAGAUGCUGUGUGUGUCCAUGGAGGAAGAAACGGCCGAAGUGUCAGAGAACGUGGUCGGAGCCAUAACAGACAUCAUCGAGAUGGACUCGAAGCGCGUUCCGCGGGACAAGCUGGCCUGCAUCACUCGCUGCAGCAAACACAUCUUCAGCGCCAUCAGGAUCACCAAGAACGAGCCGGCGUCCGCCGACGACUUCCUGCCGGCGCUCAUCUACAUCGUGCUGAAGGCCAACCCGCCGCGGCUGCAGUCCAACAUCCAGUACAUCACCCGCUUCUGCAACCCCAGCCGGCUGAUGACCGGAGAGGACGGAUACUACUUCACCAACCUGGUCCGCUUCACUCCUCAGUCGCUUAUCAAGAGAGAAACCGAUUCUGUUCGGUUCAGUGAACUGAGUUCAUAAGUUACAGUUCUGAUUCACCCAGAACAGGAUCCAGUGAAACUGUAAAUAAAGUCAAAUUAAAUUCAUGUUU